CGGCUGCUCCGACUGCACGAUCGGAGGAGCGGAUUGGCCACCAGCACACCGGCUGCCCGCCUUGGAGGGAGGCUUCCCUCACUGCUGGCUCAGUGCCGGAGACGUUGUGCGCGCGUCUCCCCGCCAAUUCCCGACCAUGGGCAACUCCUGCUUCGUCUUUAAGGAGCGGCUGAUGCGGCGGCUGCGGCCUCUGCCCACCCUGCUUGUCAUCCGCGCCUUCGUGCCGCAGCUGAGGGGCAAAGGUGACCGCGUGGUGGUCCUCGGCCCCGCCGGCGUGGGCAAGAGCGCGCUGGUGCAGAGGUGGGUGCGCGGCAACUUUCGGGAUAUCUAUCUGCCAACCAUCGAAGAUACCUACCGCCAGGUGUUGGGCUGCAACCACAGCAUGGGCGUCCUGCACAUCACUGACACCACUGGUGGCCACCGCUAUCCCGGCCUGCAGCGCCUCGCCAUUGCCAGGGGCGACGCCUUCAUCCUGGUCUACUCGGUCACCAAGAAGCAAACCCUGGAGGAGCUGAAGCCGUUCUACGAGCUGAUCCGCGAGAUCAAAGGCAGCAGCUUCCACAAGUACCCUAUCGUGCUGGUGGGCAACAAAUGCGACGAGAGCCGCCGCGAGGUGACCGCGAAGGAUGGCGCUGCCCGCGCGUUGGAGUGGAAUUGCGCCUUCAUGGAGACCUCCGCCAAGACGGGCGUCAACGUGCAGGAGCUGUUUCUCAUGCUGCUGAGCCACGAGAAGAAGCCCGCCGCCUGCUUCCAGCUUCCCCACAGGAGAUCCCACCUGCCCAAGAGCGCUGAGAAGCUGCUUGGGAAGUGCAACGUCAUGUGAGCCCCGAGGCCGUAGCCCGACCGUCUGCUACAGCGCACACAGCGCAUGCGCCAACCCCAGUGUAACCUUUCACCUGCCUGUGACUGACUCUUGUGCCGUGCCGUGGUUUGAGUUGUAACAAUUAGAUGUCAAUAAAUGUCCCUUGUACGUUAACUUUUCUUUUUCCCAGGCAGCAGAAUUCAGAUUGUUAAAGCAUUGCCGUUGGAGGAGGAGGAAAAGAAGGAGCCGGAUGAAUUUAAGAAUAAUACUCGGACCGACUUGAGAGAUUAAUGUUUGAAAAAGAUGGACUGAAAAGAUGAACUGAAAGAUGCCCCACCCCUUCUCGUAAUCCUGUUAUCAUGUAUUGUUUAAACAUUUCAAGUCCUCUAAAUGUCUAAUCCUAUCUUUCCAGUGCGUAUUUACUGUUAAGAAACGUGUUUUUGCAACGAAAGCUUUGAGAGAUGACUGUGAGACGGAUAUUCUAAAUGAGAUAAAUAAAUGAAUAUUCUAUAGCUGAGCGCUGAGGGUGAGGGCAGAGAAAAUUGUGACGGUGGAACUUGCUUAAUAAAGAUGUGCCGCUUGUUUCCUAAGCCGUUUAAAAAUGUUUGGGUAUUCCAUGUAGCCGUCUUUAAAAAGUGUAACA